AAACAUUUCGAAGAUUCAGUAUCCUGAAAGGUGUUGCCUUUUUUCCAGUCCUGAGAGUUCCAGUUUGUCUUAAAGUCUGGAGGCAUCAGCCACCUUCAGCCCCUUCAGCAUCUGUCCCAGCGCAGGAAUGCUCUCAAUAUUGGUCACCGUGGGCUUUCUCUGCACAGCCACUGCCAUUGCCGAAGUAAUGGAAGUGACUCAGCCAGCAAUGGUGCUGGCCAACAGGCAAGGAGUCGCCAGCUUGGUGUGUAAAUAUAAGCACAUUGGGAAUGCAAAGGAAAUUCGAGUGACGCUGCUUAAACAGACAGGUGACCGAUUCACUGAAAUUUGUGCUUCAACCUACACAAUGGAGUUUAAAAUGUUCAGUGUGGAAGAGGUCAUUCAGUGCCAUGUUAGCCCUAGCCGAAACAAUGUGACCCUCACCCUCACUGGCCUGCAAGCUAAUGAUACCGGUCUUUAUGUCUGCAAGAUGGAGCGGAUGUACCCUCCACCCUAUUUUAUGAACAAGGGAAAUGGGACGCAACUCUAUGUCAUCGAUCCAGAACCUUGUCCAGACACCUUCAUAUAUCUCUGGGUAUUAGGAGCUACUGCCUUGGGAUUUUUUCUUUACAGUAUCAUCACCUCAGCCAUUCUCGUGAGCAAAGCGAUAAAAAGAAGACGAUGUCUCACUACUGGGGUCUAUGUGAAAAUGCCUUCUGAAAAGCUAGAGAAAAAAGUGAUUCCAUUCCACAUCACUGUUAACUGAAACAAGGAAAGAGAGAAACCAUUUCCUAGCUGGGAUGGAGAGUCUGCUAAUUCACUUAAGUUAAAGAAAUAAAAUUAGUUGUCUUAUUACAAAGGCAUACAGGAAGGAGCGAGAACAUUCUUUGUAACUUCUAUAGUUUGGAGGAGAAUAAAUAGUUCAUGCAUUAAUAUUUCAAGGUUAACCCUGUCACGUAAAAAUGGCUACAUUAAGCCAUUGAUUCUUUGAGUUGUAUUGUACCAAUAUGUAGUCAAUAUAUAUAUACAUAUACAUAUACAUAUAUAUAUGUAUAGCAUUAAGAGCUAUUGCUGUUGCAACUGAGCAUCUUACUGUCAAAUUUCACCGUGUCUACCGAUCAACUGAAAUCCAAACACUAUUAUGACAGAGGUUUGUGUGUCAUUGCAAAGCUAAUCCUAUAGGUCUGGGGGGCAGAGGCAAAAGAGCACACUAAUGUACAAAGAAAUGUUGACUUGUUUCCCUGCAUUGCUAUUUAUUGGUUCCAUUUCUGGCAUUAGUGCUCUGCGCUUCCACAGAGGCAUCACUGUAGGCUGGCACUGAUGACACUGCUGCUCUAAAAGCCUGAUCUCAGCUCCUUUCACUGGCAUUGUGUCCCAGCAGUGCUGUGCUGGAGUUAACGUUGAUGGUAUCUGAACCAGUGCUGACAGCUCGGUUGGAGAAAAAGGCUGCCCAGCUGGGGCCCUCUCAGGCUGUUCCUGGGAGGAUGUUCCAGCUCUGCUGGGGCCUUGCGUUUUACAAAUGCUAAAUUAGCAUCUAUCCAAAAGGCAGAAGUUUGUUGCUGUGUUUAACUGAGUCUAUUUUCCAUGAAAAUACAGACAGUGUAUAAUCUUGUUUAUUAGUUAUGUACCACUCAAUAAAAACCUUGAAGCUUUGCCCAAA